GGGGACUAAUAAAAAAAUUUCUAGAGAGUGCGAGCACGCCCGCCACGCGCAACCACACACAAACCAGAAACAACAAUAAAAAUCAAUCUCAAACGUCAGUCAAUCACCACAAAGCAGAAAAAACGAACCCCUCUCUCCUCUCCAAAAAAUGGCUUCCGUCUUGGCGAAUGGAAUUUCGCUUGUUUCUCCGCAACCCAUCAAAGAUAUCACAGCUUUGCAACAAGGGUUCCCGAAAGCUUCUCCGAACUCGGUAAAUUUUCAGCCCCGAUCAACGAGAAAUGUCAAAGUCCGUGCUGACGUCAGCUACGAAUCUCCGACGACAGCUCCGGAUUCCGCCGCAGGUAAUAAAGUUAACGAGGAUGACCCUUUACAGAAGUUCCUGAAGAGGGAAUAUAAGUGGGGUUUUAAUCAAGAGAUUGAUUCCUUUACUAUUCCUAAAGGGCUUUCCGAGGAAACUGUUAGGUUGAUUUCUUCUAGGAAAAACGAGCCCGAUUGGAUGCUUGAGUUUAGGCUCAAAUGUUAUGAUAAAUUUGUUAAUAUGAAAGAGCCUCAGUGGUCUGAUAAUAAGUAUCCUCCUAUUGAUUUCCAAGAUAUUUGUUAUUAUUCCGAACCCAAAAAGAAGCCUACUUUGAAUAGUCUUGAUGAAGCUGAUCCUGAGCUUAUUAAGUAUUUCGAUAGAUUAGGUGUGCCUUUGAAUGAGCGGAACAGGUUGGCUAAUGUUGCCGUCGACGCCGUGCUUGAUAGCGUCUCGAUUGCUACCACUCAUAGAAAGACUUUAGAGAAAGCCGGUGUGAUAUUUUGCUCCAUUUCGGAGGCGAUUAGGGAGCAUCCGGAUUUGGUUAGGAAGUAUUUAGGAAGGGUAGUGCCCGCGGAUGAUAAUUUCUAUGCAGCUUUGAAUUCGGCUGUGUUUAGUGAUGGUUCCUUCGUGUACGUGCCGAAAAACACUAGGUGUCCGAUGCAGAUAUCGACCUAUUUUAGGAUUAAUGCCAUGGAAACGGGGCAGUUUGAGAGGACCUUGAUUGUUGCAGACGAAGGGAGUUUUGUGGAGUAUUUGGAAGGUUGCACUGCCCCUUCUUAUGAUACAAAUCAGCUACACGCCGCCGUUGUGGAGUUGUACUGUCAUGAGGGGGCAGAGAUCAAGUAUUCAACGGUGCAGAAUUGGUAUGCAGGUGAUGAGGAAGGGAAAGGUGGUAUAUUCAAUUUUGUCACCAAGCGAGGACUUUGUGCUGGGGCUCGCUCAAAGAUCUCGUGGACACAGGUGGAGACAGGGUCAGCAAUAACUUGGAAGUAUCCGAGUGUUAUUUUAGAGGGAGAUGAUUCAGUUGGUGAGUUUUAUUCUGUGGCGCUGACCAAUAAUUGCCAGCAAGCUGACACUGGGACAAAGAUGAUACACAAAGGCAAAAAUACACGGAGUAGGAUAAUUUCCAAAGGUAUUUCAGCUGGAAAAUCAAGAAACUGUUAUCGUGGGUUAGUCCAAGUGAUGUCACAUGCAGAAAAUGCCCGGAAUUCAUCACAAUGUGAUUCGAUGCUCAUUGGGGAUAAUGCAGCAGCCAACACUUACCCGUAUAUUCAGGCAAAAAACCCCAGUGCCCGGAUUGAACAUGAAGCGACAACAUCCAAAAUCGGUGAAGAUCAGUUGUUCUACUUUCAACAAAGAGGAAUCGACUAUGAGAAAGCAAUGGCAGCGAUGAUCUCUGGAUUUUGCAGGGAUGUCUUCAACGAGCUCCCUGAUGAAUUUGGUGCAGAGGUGAACCAGCUUAUGAGUUUGAAACUUGAAGGCUCUGUUGGUUAAGGUUGCUGCCAGAUGUUGUAAAGACUAAAGAACUCACACCUCGUACUACCACUCCAUUUAGGUUGGUUUUAACUGUAUUCACGGUGUAUCGUCUAUGUUGUAAUAGCUUUCUAGUUUACUGUGAUAUGCUAUCUAAUAGGUAAGUUACAUCAGGAUGUAAAUUUUUUCACGGUAUUCUAAAUAAACGUGUAAAUGUUGGAGUUUACCUUGAUAUGUUUGCAUUUUUACUACUUCUAAUAAAUUUUAAAUCACAUGUUUUGUGACAAUCUACCAUCCUUGGAAGUUUGUUCACUCUGUAGGAUGAAGGGAAGAAC